AUGAAUUUUGACAACAUCCCAACUAAAUCGGAGGUCAUGAGCUGGGAUGCACCUCGUUUAGCUGACUUUUUGAAGAGGCAAGAUCUGAGGGGCUGUGACAAAGUCAUCCUGAAAUGCAACAUGAGUGGACAGAGAUUCCUCAACAUGACAGAAAAUGACCUUCAAAAGUUCCCUAAGCUUCAUGCCCCACUUAUUAUCAAAAUCUGCAGUGAAAUUAACAAGAAAGAAGAAAAGAGGAGGUUCUUCACAAAAAGAGCACCAGCUCCUAAGUAUCAUGAACCAGAUAUCGUUCAUGAGGAUCAGGGGUGGAGCUCUGAGGAGUUUGACCAGAGUGAUGAAGACUAUGAAGACCCAGAUGCAAACAUCGAUGAUGAAGGCAGCGGGGGGGAUUAUGAAUCACCUACCGAGGGACCAGUGGGCGAAGAAGUGGACAGUGAUAAUGACAAUGACUACGAGCCGCCUCCAAGCGAUUCGGAUGAACUUCAGCAUCGCCCCAUCUGCCCUGCCAUAAACAACAGUGACUACAUAGAUAGGUUGAACCAUCCCCCACCUGAACCACCUAUGCGUCCUGGAGUCUCCUCACUUCCACCCAUGCCCCACCCUCACAUUGGUGGAUCUUAUCCUAGACCAGACCAUUCUCCUCAGAGACCCAGCAAACCCCAAGCCAAAUUGCCCUCUGGUCCUCCUGCCCCGCUUGUUGACCGCAGUAAGAAGCCCACCACACUGGAACGAAACCUCAAUGACUCUCUACUCGCUGGGAAAGUUGGUGGCCGUGGACAGCGGUCUGCAACUCCACCUAGGAGGCCACCGGUAGCAGAGAGGCCACCAGAUCCAAUGAGAAUGCCUAAACCUCCUCUUCCUUCUGCAACCGGGGUACGCAGGAGUGCCUCUGCACUGAGCCAGAACUCUCCACACAGCAGACUUGCUCCUGACCCCAGAAAUGAGUUUCAUGAUGACAAUGCCAAACUUCCAUCUCAUUUCAACUCCCACACAUUCCCCCUACAACCCAGGAAUCCCUCACCAAGACCACCACAUUCCAGUCACUCCUUCCAUUCUGAAAGCUUGCCACCCAACAUGCCUCCCAGUGGCUCUCUGCCAUCAAGACUUCAGGAUGCCAUGAAUAGCCACCGGAGCAGUUCAAGAGGACCCAGGCCACCCAUGAGACAUCCCGAACCUGAUCUAGACGAUAAUGAGGUCCUGGAUCCAGCCUGGUACGUGGGACAGGUCAGACGAGAUCAAGCAGAGGGCUGUCUGAGACGGGUCAACCAGGAUGGUGCAUUCCUGGUGCGCGACAGCUCAAAGGGCUCCCCUACUCAGCCUUACACACUGAUGGUCCUUUACCAAGACAAAGUCUAUAACAUCCAGAUCCGCUAUAAUGCAGAGAGAAACAGUUACCUGCUGGGCACUGGAAUGAAAUCUUCAGAGAUGUUCCAAGGGGUCAGGGACAUCAUCACACAGCACAUGCAGUUGCCACUGCUCCUGAUUGAUGCAAAGAACCGUUCAUCGGGACACCAGAACCAGUGCACACUGUCUCGUCCUGCUGGGUACUAACCCCCUCGCCUCCCACUCCACCAUUCUCUAACAAGAUGACAC